CACUAUAUUUAAAUCGGAGUACAGUCUGAUUGAUUUGAUUACUGUUUGAUUACCGAAGUCCCGGUACUCGAGGGGAGCAUCCGUCAGAUCAGUUCGUGGGUGGUUACUGAGAGGGGUCGUGGGAAACAGAAAGCGCAGCGUCAUUUCGAGUUUUCUAUUUCACGCGUCCUCUGAUUGCGUACAUUGAUUAUGUAUCAGUCCGAAUUCUGAAUUGUCAUCGUCGUCAUAAGGCGAUCCUCUGUGGUAUCCCAUCCAAUCUGCGUGUGGACAUUAUUUCUACCACGUUGUGUGUUCGUCAUCAAUAAUGGGAGUUGAUAUUAUAAGUUUUGCGUACGCCGCUACUGUUGCUGCUGGUGGAAUAGUGGGUUAUGUGAAAGCUGGGAGCAUUCCUUCGCUAGGUGCUGGGUUGUUGUUCGGCAGUGUUUUGGGAUAUGGAGCAUACCAAACAUCACAGAAUCCCGAAAACUAUGGUGUGUUAUUAGGUACAAGUUGUGUCCUGGGAGGCCUUAUGGGCUAUCGCUUUUACAACUCUGGAAAAUUUAUGCCUGCAGGACUUGUAGCCACUCUCAGUGUGGCAAUUGCUGUACGAUUUCUAGCUCGACAGGCAGGUCUUAUUGAAGUGAAAGGACGAUAAUAUAUUUCAUUUUCAUUUAGUCAAGGAAGGUGAUGGUCUAUUGAUCUAAUCUUAUUCCAGUGGUUUUGAUAUUUUAUCUUAUAGAGUUUAAUAAAAUAAUUUAUUUAAAUUUUGUUAAAUGUUAAUGUUGCCUAUUGUCUUCCUCAAUUUUCCCUAUCAAGUAAAGCAAGAGAUGUCAGCUGCAACAAUUUUCAGACUUGAGGUGAUUUGGUACCUUCUGUGCUUUGGUUUUUAUUUUAUUUAAAAUUUCAGAAGGUUAAUUUGCCAAUUUUCUGCAAGAAAUAUUGUAAACAACUAAAGAGGUCGUUGAUCCUCACAUUUGAGAUUUUUUUUCUAAUUUCUUUUCAUUCUGAGAGCAUCUACUGGUAGCAUAUCUUGUUUUAAUUCUGUAUAACAUAAUCCCCUCUAAAUAGAGAGUUGUCUUUGAAG